GCAACAAACCGAGCAGACAUCCAUUCCCUUCCUAGUCGUCAGAAGCAUCCGCCGCCGCCUGCCCGCCCGCCUUUAAUUCCCAAAAUGCCCCUCGACCCCGACUCCUCGCCGGCGCCGCCGCACCGCGACUGGUUCUUCCCGCCGGCGCCGCCCUUCCUCCCGUCCUCCAGAGCCCGGACGCCCAGGACCCCCUUCCCCUCCACCUCCCGCUCCUCCAACCCGUACUCCUUCCCGGACCGCCGGCCGCCUCCGACCCCGCGCUCCCGCUCCCGCUCGCCCCUCCCGCCGCCGGAGCAGCAGCAGCAGCAGCCGACGCCUCCUCCCGUGCCGCGCCGUCGCGACCCCCGGUACGCUGGCGUCCGCCGCGGCGAUGCCCGAACGCUCGCCGCCGAGAAAGCGGCGGUGACUCCUAUGGCUGCGCCGGUGCACGGGAGCAGGCCGGCGGCGUCGGCGACCACCCUCCGAUGGUCGGGGAUGGUAUCCAUGGCGGCCAUUGUGCUGUGCCUCUUAUCCCUUCUCCGCAGCAACUUCUCGCUACAUGAUCAGGUCCACCAUUUGAAGGAUCAACUUGCUGAAGCUACUACCAAAUUACAAUCAUGUAUUACAGAGUGUUCCAUGGAUAUUAGUGGCAUACUUUCAUAUCAGAUCAAUGACAGUACUUCGCAUAAUAGAAGUCUUAAGAAUUUCUCAUUGCUGUUCUCACUUACUACGCUGUACGCGCCACUAGUCAUUUUCAAGUACAUGGACAUUCUCUUAAAGCUGAGGAGUUCACAAGACUCUGAAGAAGUUCCCAUAAACAAGCGGUUGGCAUACAGAGUUGAUAUAUUUUUGUCACUUCAACCAUAUGCUAAACCCUUGGUUCUUCUUGUUGCUACAUUGUUACUUAUUGGUCUUGGUGGCCUGGCUCUUUAUGGCGUGACUGAUGAUAGCCUUUCAGAUUGCCUCUGGUUGUCCUGGACCUUUGUUGCUGAUUCGGGCAACCAUGCAAACUCAGAAGGCUUUGGACCCAAGUUGGUUUCGGUUUCAAUUAGUAUCGGUGGCAUGCUGGUUUUUGCCAUGAUGCUUGGACUUGUAACUGAUUCAAUAUCUGAGAAGUUUGAUUCCUUGAGGAAAGGAAGAAGUGAGGUCAUAGAGCAAAGCCACACACUGGUCCUUGGGUGGAGCGACAAGUUGGGGUCAUUGCUGAACCAAAUUGCUAUUGCUAAUGAAAGUUUGGGAGGAGGGACCAUUGUAGUGAUGGCUGAGAGAGACAAAGAGGAAAUGGAAGCAGACAUUGCUAAAAUGGAGUUUGACUUGAAAGGAACAGCUAUAAUAUGUAGAAGUGGAAGCCCUCUGAUUCUAGCUGACUUGAAAAAGGUCUCAGUUUCCAAGGCACGUGCCAUUGUGGUUUUAGCUGAAGAAGGAAAUGCUGAUCAGAGUGAUGCACGAGCAUUACGAACAGUCUUGAGUUUAACUGGGGUCAAAGAAGGACUAAGAGGUCACAUAGUUGUUGAGCUUAGCGAUCUUGACAAUGAGGUCCUAGUCAAACUUGUUGGUGGAGAACUUGUGGAAACUGUUGUUGCUCAUGAUGUGAUAGGUCGUUUGAUGAUACAAUGUGCACGUCAGCCAGGCCUUGCUCAGAUAUGGGAAGAUAUCCUUGGUUUUGAGAACUGUGAGUUCUAUAUUAAGAGAUGGCCUCAGUUGAAUGGUAUGCAAUUUGAAGAUGUGCUCAUUAGCUUUCCUGAUGCCAUUCCAUGUGGUGUAAAGGUGGCAUCUUAUGGUGGCAAGAUUAUUUUAAACCCGGAUGACUUUUAUGUUUUGCAAGACGGUGAUGAGGUGCUAGUGAUUGCAGAAGAUGAUGACACAUAUGCCCCAGCGCCAUUACCCAAGGUUAAAGAAGCUGUUUACAUAGACAUUGUUCACCCCGAAAGAAAUCCUCAGAAGAUUCUUCUUUGUGGAUGGAGACGGGAUAUAGAUGAUAUGAUUGUGGUACUGGAUGCUUUUCUAGCGCCAGGAUCAGAGUUGUGGAUGUUCAAUGAUGUUCCUGAGAUGGACAGAGAAGGAAAGCUGAUUGACGGAGGCCUUGACUUCAGUCGUCUAGAAAGUAUUACUUUGGUUCACCGUGAAGGAAAUGCUGUUAUUCGCCGUCACUUGGAGAGCCUUCCUUUAGAAUCAUUUGAUUCUAUUUUGAUUCUGGCAGAUGAGUCUGUUGAAGAUUCAGCGAUCCAAGCUGAUUCAAGGUCCCUUGCCACACUACUGCUGAUCAGGGAUAUCCAGGCAAAGCGACUUCCAUACAGGGAAGCAAUGGUUUCACAUGUUUCUCAAGGAAGCUUCUGUGAAGGUUCUUGGAUUGGGGAGAUGCAACAAGCAUCUGAUAAAUCUGUCAUAAUCAGUGAGAUUCUGGAUCCUAGGACAAAAAAUUUGUUGUCAGUGUCAAAAAUCAGCGACUACGUUCUAUCAAAUGAACUAGUGAGCAUGGCAUUGGCAAUGGUUGCAGAAGAUCGACAAAUAAAUGAUGUUUUGGAGGAGCUAUUUGCUGAGCAGGGGAACGAAAUACAAAUACGGCCAUCUGAUCUCUACCUUCGAGAAGAGGAGGAACUCAAUUUCUUUGAGGUCAUGCUGCGUGCCAGGCAGAGAAAAGAGAUUGUCAUUGGCUACCGUCUUGAGGAUGCUGAGCGUGCCAUAAUCAACCCACCAGAUAAAGUUUCGAGGCGGAGAUGGUCCGCCAAGGAUGUUUUUGUUGUCAUUACCGAGAAAGAAUGAGCAUCAGCAUUAUCAACCACGAGAAAUCACCGUUGCUAAUGCAGGAUUGACUGGAGUGCCAUGAGAGACCAACAAGAGCGGAGCACUGUUGCAUUGCAAAAUUUAAAUUGGCAUCCGGAUGAAGGCCAGUCACUGAGUGCAUCAGUUUGAGAGCACUGCGUAACCCGGUUUUGGGAUAAAUCUGGGGUUUGACUCGCUAAUUACAAUAAUAGGCGCCAUUGGGCAGAAAGGAUGAGAAGAGAAACACCGAGCACGAUUUGCACAGAUCAGUUUUUUUUCUUUUCUAUUUUGGAGAGGGGCUUCGAGCUUCUUCUCCUUUUUCGCGGGGCUGUUUUUUUUAUACUGUCAGAAACUUUGUAAUACUCUCUCGGCUCCAAUUGCUGUACAGGUGGUCAGAAAAUUCGUAUCUUAUCUUACCCUAAUGUGUAUAAAUAUAUACUUUUGCUUAUACUUAAAACAAAAGAAAAUAGCAUAUAAGAAAUACACGUAAGGAAACACA